AUGCUUUGGGGACGUGAUGGAUCAGUUGAAGUUAUGGCAGCGGAUAAAUAUUUUUGGGUGUUCAAAUUUUCAAAGAACCGAACCAGGGAUUGGGUGUUAGAAGAGGAACCUUGGCACAUUGCAAACCAGACUCUGGCUCUGAUAAGAUGGAAACCCAAUAUGCAGCUCAUAAAGCUUGCAGCUACUAAAAUUCCUAUCUGGGUGAAGUUUUGGCAUGUUCCAAUGGAAUAUAUGACCAGAAUGGGCUUAAGCUACUUAGCAAGUGCUAUUGGAGUUCCUUUAUACAUGGAUAAGGCCAUUGCACUGAGAGAGUGCCCGAAGAAUAACCAAACCCUUGCUCAACCUCUGAAGAAGAAGAAGGAAAUCAAGCGGGACUGGGUCCCUAAAAAGACUGAUAAUGCUAAUGACUGGAGAGUUGUGCAGAGACCUUCAGGUAUGAAACAGAGAGCUGAUAUGAUAGAAAAUGUCAGUAAAAUGAAAGGGUCUGCAAAAUCUGUAGCAAAUAGAUUUGAAAUGCUUUCUAAUGAAGACUUAUCUGUAGAUGAUGUCAUUCUUCCCAAAGAAUCAAAUGCAGUGCUAUGCCAAGAAAAUAUAGAUAAGGUGGAACAGAUGCAUCACCAUUCUUAUAAAAAUGAAGGAAAGCAGCAGAAUAUUCAGGAGUCUCCUAGCUUUGCUGCUAUAGUCAAGGGUAGUGAAAGUGGAGCAAGAGAGGAAGAUGACUAUCUAAAGCCGAUAGUCUGGUAG